AUGGGUCUGUUCACAGGAACUCGGUCUGUGGUCAUUGUCCAGCAGGGACAGGCACCACCCAGCAGAGCCCCCAGCAAGGGGUUGCCGGACCCUCUCCGCUUUCUCUUACCGUUUUACGGGAUGCACGCCUGGGAUGAGAUCUUCUUCACCUUCUUCUUUGAGGAGCUGGGACAGGGGGACCGGGCCUCCAGUGGCCACACGUCGCUCUGGUCUUUCUUCAUGUGCGGCAGCGCAGCUUUCCUGGUGGAAAAGCUCUGUUUCCACCUUCACUACAGUCGCGGCGGGAGCUCCUGGCAGCGGGGGCCCGUCUGUGUGACGCUCAUCUGCCUGUGGGAGCUGCCCUGGGGCCUGGGCCUGCGCGCCUGUUCCUGGGACUAUGCCCGCCACCCGCUCAAUGUCAUGGGCCCCGUUACCCUGAUGUGUUUACCUGUUGGAUAUUCCUUUGUGCACCGGGACCUGCUGUCCACCGCGUUGUGGCGAGUGCGGUACCUACCAAUGGACUAG